ACAGAAGGACAUAAUCAGCGCGGUAAGUUUGCAGAACCUUACAGCCUGUUUCGGUCAGCCGGGGGUUCCCUUCUUUCAGCUUUUCUGAGGUUGUAAAGUCCAUUGUCACCAUGUCUGACACCGAAGAACUUGAUCAGGUCGAGGCUGUAGCCGAGGAGGUAGUAGAGGAAGUAGAGGUGGCCCCUGAGGCGGCCCCUGAGGCGGCCCCUGAGGCGGCCCCUGAGCCAGAGCCAGAGCCAGAGCCAGUGGUAGAACCAGAGCCAGAGCCAGAACCAGAACCAGUGGUAGAACCAGAGCCAGAACCAGAACCAGAACCAGAGCCUGAGUCUGAAGAGGAGAAGCCAAAGUUCAAGCCGAGCGCCCCAAAGCUCCCCGAUGGUGAGAAAGUGGACUUUGAUGACAUCCAGAAGAAGCGUCAGAACAAGGAUCUGUCGGAGCUGCAGGGUCUGAUCGAUGCUCACUUUGAGUGCAGGAAGAAGGAGGAAGAGGAGCUGAUCGCCCUGAAGGACAGGAUUGAGAAGCGUCGUAAUGAGAGGACCGAGCAGCACAGGGUCCGCUCUGAGAAGGACAAGGAGCGUCAGGCCAAGCGUGAGGAGGAGAGGCGGAUCAGGGAGGAGAGAGACGCAGAGAAGAAGGCCGGAGAGGAGGCGAAGAAGAAGUCUGCUCUGACCAGCAUGGGCUCCAACUACAGCAGCCACCUGCAGAAGGCUGACCAGAAGAGAGGAGGAAAGAAAGAGACUGAGAGAGAGAAGAAGAAGAAGAUUCUGGCCGGCAGACGCAAGCAGCUGAACGUCGACCAUCUGAACGAAGACAAGCUCAAGGAUAAGAUCGGUGAGCUGCAUGAAUGGAUGACUCAGCUGGAGUCUGAGAAGUUCGACCACAUGGAGCGACUGAAGAGGCAGAAGUACGAGGUUACCACCCUGCGUAAGAGAGUGGAAGAGCUCAGUAAAUUCAGCAAGAAGGGAGCCGCCCGCCGCAGGAAGUAAAGCGUCUCAGAAACCAAACUGCGAUCGUCUCGGACACGCACCUGAACCAACAACGCACACGGUGGCGAAGGUCGUAGCUCGGAAGAAGCCAGUAACGCCGAGGUGUACGCUGCGGUUAUCAACCCACGUCCUGAAACAUGCAACCAGGAGCCUUUAGCUGCCACUCAAUAGGAAUAAAAUAAAGAAAAGCAAACACUUGUUUCGUCAUCACGCUUCCUCGCCCUCGGCUGUUUGGUUCUCAGUAUUUUUGUAAAUAAAGUGUGACACUUCAAGCCAUG